AUGCUCCGACAGUGUCUGCGCCAUCGAGUUGUUUAUCCUGCGAGUAGCACAUCCGCUUCUGAGUCUGCCAAUGAGCGAGCAUUAAACAACCGAGGACCAAUCUUCAUCCUUGUUACAAACUUGCCGCUCUCCUUCGGAGGUCCGCUUGCCGUCUCUACCUUCAUGAUUGUUCUCUCAGCUGCGGGAACUGAUCAUCUCUCGACUGUUUGGCGUGUCUGUUUUAGUAUCGGCAUUCUCCUGCCGCUCACUGUCUUCUACUUCCGUACACGUAUGCUCAACUCGAAGCUCUACCGGCAGGGUGCAAUCAAGCGGAGGGUUCCUCAUGCCCUUGUCAUUCGCUACUAUUGGAAAACGCUCAUCGGUACUUGCGGUGCCUGGUUUCUGUACUACUUUGUUACGUUUCCAAAUGGGGUCUUUUCCGGUACCAUCCUCGCCUCCGUGGUGCCCAAGGGCAGCAACACCCUUUUACACACGGCAGAAUGGCAGCUCUUACUCGGUUGCAUUGCUCCACCCGGUGUAUUUAUUGGUGCUUGGAUGUGUGACAGAGUUGGCAGGAAGAAUACCAUGAUGAUAGGGUUCGCGGGUUACUUGGUGUUUGGUCUGAUCAUUGACUGUGCAUACGACAAAAUCACCAAGAUUGUACCCCUGUUUGUUGUUUUCUACGGUCUGACGCAAUAUUCUGGAAAUCUUGGUCCUGGAGAUAUGCUCGGUCUGCUCUCGUCCGAGAGCUACGCCACAAGUGUCCGCGGAACGUGCUACGGCAUCAGCGCAGCUCUGGGCAAGACUGGAGCAGCUAUAGGAACUCAGGUUUUAAUGCCCAUUCAACUAAACCUAGGAAAGCGCUGGACAUUUAUCAUUGCUGCAAUUUGCGGCAUAAUGGGAAUUUUGGUGACAUAUUUUUUUGUCCCGAAUGUCACCGGAGAGGACUUGAGCAAGAAUGACGAGAGGUUCCGUGAAUACCUUGAGCAUCAUGGAUGGGACGGAGCGAUAGGAGAAGGGGAAUUAAAAGCUCUUGCUAAUUAUCUUGAUGGAAGCAUCUCGGAGAACAAUGGUAUUACGAAGAAGGCAGAAUAA